AUGGUCAUAGAAAAGGAAUCAAAUGUGGAUUGGAAAGGCAAGUCUGAGCUUCUUAUUUUAGUACAUUCCUAUGAGUAUGAUGACCAACUAGACAGAUCUCGUAAGCAACUUUGUUUUACUGUCAGACACAGCCAGCGUUUGCAGGCUCCUGUUGAAGGGAGUAUUCGUCUGCUGGUUCCUUUGUCUUGA